UCCCAGCAGCCCCUGGGACCCGAGAGAGGCUCGGGAUGGAGCGUCUCGCCCCGCGUGGAGCUGACGGCAGCGGGACUGCGGGUAGUGGGGAGCGUGACUCAGCCUCUCCAGCAAACUCGGGGCUUGCCUAGGCGCUGCAGCUCCUCGGCAGGGAUCGCUUCCGCAGCCUGAUUUGCUGGGAAGCUGCCAGCCGCCUGCCACCUCCUCCUCUCUGCAGGCAGCUCUGCCCUAUUCUCCGCUCGUCGCCUGUGUCUCCAGUGACAAAAUGACUCGCCGGAGGAGAGGGACGAGAGGCUGAAUCCCUGUGGCAGGAGCGGAGCGGAGUAGCCGGUGAUGCGGCCGGAGGAUGCUGCAGGGAAGGAUGGGGAUGUUCAGGACCUCCCAGCCUAGAAACAGGAGAGAGGAGGCUGAGAAGCACAAGACACAGGAGCCAUGUCCGUGCGUGGCCGGUGCGCCAAGGUGCUCCCCUCCGAGCUGAACAAGGUGUGCCCUGAGAGAGGAGAUGACCCUGCCACACACCCCAGGAAGAUGAGUGACUUUGAGGUGGUCCCCAACCUGCAGCAGAGCAGUAGCAGCGUCUCGAAGAGCAGGCGGAAGGCACAUUUCCCCACUGGCAGCAAUGAAAAGGAAAAUCUCAUCUCCUGGAUUCCUGAAAACAUCCGGAAGAAGGAGUGCACCUACUUUGUGGAAAGCUCCCAGACAUCAGAUUCUGGGAGGAUCGUGUGUGAGUGUGGCUACCUCAGGGAACAGCACCUGGACGAUGGUGCCAAGCCUCCCAUCUUCCUGGGGAAGGAAUGGGACCCCAGCAGGCACAUCCAGGAAAUGCCAACGGAUGCCUUCGGUGAUAUCCGCUUCACGGGCCUGGGGCAGAAGACAGGGAAGUAUGUGCGUGUCUCCUCCGACACCCCUCCACGGGUCAUCUACCACCUCAUGACACAGCACUGGGGCCUCGACGCACCCAACCUGCUCAUCUCAGUCACCGGGGGAGCCAAAAACUUCAUCAUGAAGCCAAGGCUGAAGAACAUCUUCCGGCAAGGGCUAGUCAAGGUGGCCCAGACAACAGGAGCCUGGAUCAUUACAGGGGGGUCCCAUGCUGGUGUGAUGAAACAGGUGGGAGAGGCAGUGAGAGACUUCAUCCUGAGCUGCAGCCACAAGGAGGGCGAGAUUGUCACCAUUGGCAUUGCCACUUGGGGGACCGUGUACAACCGGGAGAGCCUCGUCUGCCCCAUGGGUGGCUUUCCUGCUGAGUACGUGCUGGAUGAGGAGAACCAAGGCAGCCUGUCGUGCCUGGACAGCAACCACUCCCACUUCAUCCUGGUGGAUGAUGGGACCCAUGGGAGGUACGGGGUGGAAAUCCCCCUGAGGACCAAGCUGGAGAAGUUUAUUUCGGAGCAGACCAAGGUGAAAGGAGGUGUUGCCAUCAAGAUCCCCAUCGUGUGUGUGGUUCUGGAAGGAGGCCCCGGGACUCUCGAUACCAUCUACAACGCCAUCACCAAUGGGACGCCCUGUGUGAUCGUGGAAGGGUCUGGCCGUGUGGCCGAUGUCAUCGCACAGGUGGCCAACCUGCCCGUGUCCAAGAUAACCAUCGCCUUGAUCCAGCAGAAGCUGAGUGUGCUCUUCCACGACACCUAUGAGCUCUUCACUGAGGGCAAGCUGGUGGAGUGGACCAAGAAGAUCCAAGACAUAGUGCGGAGCCGGCAGCUCCUGACCAUCUUCAGAGAGGGCAAAUAUGGCCAGCAGGAUGUGGAUGUGGCCAUCCUCCAGGCCCUCUUCAAAGCAUCCCGAAACCAGGACCACUUUGGUCGUGAGAACUGGGAUCACCAGCUGAAGUUAGCUGUGGCCUGGAACAGGGUGGACAUUGCCCGGAGUGAGAUCUUCACAGAUGACCAUGACUGGAAACCCACAGAUCUCCACCCCGUGAUGGCAGCUGCCCUGAUUUCCAACAAGCCAGAGUUUGUGAAGUUGUUCCUGGAGCAGGGAGUGCGUCUCAAGGAUUUUGUCACCUGGGACACCCUGGUUUACCUGUAUGACAACCUGGCACCAUCCUGCCUGUUCCACAGCAAGCUGCAGAAGGUGCUGCUGGAGGAGAGGGAGCACACGGCCGGCUCCAAAAUGCCAAGGCUCCAGCUGCACCACGUCUCCCAGGUGCUGCGGGAGCUGCUGGGCUGCUCCACACAGCCUCUGUACCCCAAGCCCAAGCACACGGAGCGGCCCCGGCUCUCCAUCCCCGUCCCGCACAUCAAGCUGAACGUUCAGGGGUCGAGUCUCCGGUCCCUCUACAAGCGCUCUGCCGGCCGAGUCACCUUCACCAUGGACCCUGUCCGAGACCUGCUCAUCUGGGCUGUGGUCCAGAACCGCAAGGAGCUGGCAGAAAUCAUCUGGGCCCAGAGCCAGGACUGCAUGGCAGCUGCACUCGCCUGCAGCAAGAUCCUGAAGGAGCUGGCCAAGGAGGAGGAGGACACAGACACCACCGAUGACAUGCUGGCCCUGGCUGAGCAGUUCGAGCACAAGGCGAUUGGCGUGUUCACAGACUGCUACCGUAAGGAUGAAGAGAGAGCCCAGAAGCUUCUCACCCGUGUCUCUGAAGCCUGGGGGAAGACAACCUGUCUGCAGCUGGCAUUGGAGGCCAAGAACAUGAAUUUUGUGUCCCACGGGGGAGUCCAGGCCUUUCUCACCAAGGUCUGGUGGGGGAAGCUGUGUGUGGACAAUGGGCUUUGGCGGGUGAUCACAUGCAUGCUGUUCUUCCCCCUGCUCUACACCAACCUCAUCACCUUCAGCAGGGAGAAGAGGCUGCAGCCCAUGGGCUGCCUGACACGCCUCCGAGCCUUCUUCACAGCGCCCGUCGUCAUCUUCCUCAUGAACAUCCUCUCUUACUUCACCUUCCUCCUGCUCUUCGCGUACGUCCUGAUGGUUGACUUCCAGCCGACGCCAUCCUGGCGGGAAUACCUCAUCUACUUCUGGCUCUUCUCCCUGGUGUGCGAGGAGACCCGCCAGCUGCUGUAUGAUCCAGAUGGGCUUGGGCUUGUGAAAAUGGCUUCCCUGUACAUCAAGGACUUCUGGAAUAAGUUGGAUAUCUGCGCCAUCCUAGUCUUUAUCGCAGGGCUGACUUGCAGGCUGAUCCCAUCGACAUUAUAUCCCGGGCGUAUCAUACUGUCCUUGGCUUUUAUCAUUUUCUGCCUGCGCCUGAUGCACAUUUUCACAGUCAGUAAAACGCUGGGGCCCAAGAUCAUAAUUGUGAAGCGCAUGAUGAAGGAUGUCUUCUUCUUCCUCUUCCUGCUGGCAGUGUGGGUGGUGUCCUUUGGGGUGGCCAAGCAGGCUAUCCUGAUCCACAACGAGGAGCGUGUGGAGUGGCUUUUCCGUGGCGUGGUUUACCACUCUUACCUGACCAUCUUUGGGCAGAUUCCUUCCUACAUCGAUGGGGUCAACUUCAACAUCGACCAGUGCAGCCCCAACGGGACCGACCCCUACAAGCCCAAGUGCCCAGAGACAAACGCGGACAACAAGAAGCCCAUCUUCCCAGAGUGGCUGACGGUCAUCUUGCUGUGCCUGUACCUGCUCUUCACCAACAUCCUCCUCCUCAAUCUCCUUAUUGCCAUGUUCAACUACACCUUCCAGCAGGUCCAGGAGCACACGGACCAGAUCUGGAAGUUCCAGCGGCACGACCUGAUUGAGGAGUACCACGGCCGCCCGCCCGCGCCCCCACCCCUCAUCCUGCUCAACCACCUGCAGCUCCUGGUCCGGCGUGGGUUGCUCCGCCGGCCGGCCACACACCACAAACUCAAGGAGAAGCUGGAGAAGAACGAGGAAGCUGCCCUCCUCUCAUGGGAGAUGUUCUUGAAGGAGAACUACCUGCAGCACCAGCAGUGCCAGGAGAAACAGAACACAGAGCAGAUGAUCCGGGACAUUGCACAGAGGGUUGAUGUACUGGCAGAGCUGCUGGACUUGGACCGGGUGAAGAGGACGGGGGUGGUGGAGCAGAGACUGGGCUCUCUGGAAGACCAGGUGCACCAGAGUGCCCAGGCCCUGAGGUGGAUGAUGCAGGCACUGCGGGGCAAUGGCUUCAGCUCAGGGGAGGACCUGCCAGCCGUGGGCUCCUCUAGAGCCUUGGACUUCAAGGAGGCUGACCUGGAGGGGAAAGCUGAGGAGAGACGGCCCCCAUACCAUGUGCUUGCCCGAAACCUCCUGUACCCAGGCUCUCACACCCUCCGCUUCCCUGUGCCAGAUGAGAAGGUGCCCUGGGAGGUGGACUUCCCGCUCUAUGACCCCCCUGCCUACUCGGCUGACCACAAAGACAUGGCUGUGCAGGACCCCUUCAGCCUCUCCUUGGAGUCUCUCCUGAAGAUCAACUACAACACCAUGGAUGGGCUGAUCGACCGGCAGAGCUUCCACGGGCUCUACGCCGUGCGGGACGGGCUGCCACUGAACCCCAUGGGCAGGACGGGGCUGCGAGGCCGUGGGAGGCUGCACUGCUUUGGGCCCAACCAUGCCCUGCAUCCUGUCGUGACCCGCUGGAGGAGGAAUUUGGAUGGGUCCAUUAUAAGGAAGAGUCUGAAGAAGAUGCUGGAAGUGCUGGUAGCCCAGUACCCACUGUCAGAUGUCUGGGCUCUGCCUGGGGGGUCACUGGAGCCGGGGGAGACACUGCCACUGAAGCUCAAGUGGAUCCUCCGACGAGAGUUCUGGCCCCAGUUCCAGAACUUGCUGAAACAAGGCACUGAGGUACACAAGGGGUACCUCGAUGACCCCCGCAACACGGACAACGCCUGGGUCGAGACGGUCGCUGUCAGUGUCCACUUCGACAACCAGAACGACGUGGAGAUGAAGCGGCUGAAUUCGUUCCUUCAGGGUUGCGACCCGGAGCUGUGCAUCCGCUGGCAGGUGCUGGAUAAGAGGAUCCCCCUGCAUGCCAACCACAAGGAGCUCCUACACAAGGUCUCAACCCUCCUUGGUGCUUACUACUGAGGCCUCAAGCACAGGCCAGGGCUCCUGCUGCCCCAGAGCAGGUUCUGGCUGGGACCUGCAGCUCCACCCCAGUUCACCUGUGAGACCAUGGGAGCUGCUGGACAUGAGGUACUUUGGGUGCUUCUGUGAAUGUACAUUGCAGGUCUCUGGGAGGAAAAGUGUCCCCUUCUUGGGGGCGGGGGCUGCCUAGACAGUGCAUCCCAGUCACCUGAGCGACCAAGCUCAGCCCCAGUUUGUGUCUUGGUGCUUCCACAUUAGCCCACAGCACUAGCCCAGAGCUUGGGCCAUGCAGAGCCACAGGACUGUUCCUGCAAGGUGAUCCCUCCCUCAGCUCCAACCUGCUCUUGGCUUCGGGGUGGGCACUGAGGGCUCACCAGCCCCAACUACUCCACAAGGAUAUCCGUCUCUGCUCCCUGCUCCUGCUCUGAGCCCUGGCAGCCCCCGUGCCACAGAUCCCAAAGGAUUGCUCUGGAGAAGGCUUGGAGUCACCCCUGUGGCAGCUGUCUCCAUAUCUUUGGUUGUCUCAGACCCAACAACAUGGUCCUGAGCUGUGACCCAGCACUUCCAAAGGUGUGAGCAGCUCUUGCUUAUAUAUCUAUGGUUUCAUAGCUCUGCACUGGCCCACCUGCCAUGCCCCACACUGAGAUGUAAUCCUGCGUGUGUAUGCUGAGCUCCGGCUUGUCGCUGAACUCCCUCCCUCUGUCUGAGCCAAGGCACCAGCUAAAUGUCACCUGCCUGUCCCCAUCCCCUGGUGCACGUGGAUGGAAAGGGGCAGCUUGCUGGGACUAGGUGAUCCGUGCUCUGUGGUCCGUGGAGCAGGAAGGGACCGGAGAGGGGACAGGAGUGUGUCAAUCCCAGAUAUCCCUGCUUUUAAGGGGUCUUUCCCUCACAUUUUCUGUUGCCCGCCAUGGGGAGAACUAGGCACAGUGAAGACACUUUUUGGUCACCCAGAAGAGCCCCACAGUAGCAGGUUAUGCUUGGGACUGCUCAGGGUGGGAUUUCAGUUCCCCCACCCUCUCCUGAUGGAUCAGACACUGACCAGCCUGGGCUAUUCAUCCCACACUGGUGGCCACCACAGCACAAAGGCAGUUUCACCAGUGACGCACUGGGGCUUGGCGAGGAGAGGGGGCUCAUUUUGGCAAUGUAUUCAACCCAGCUCAAUAA